UUCGGGGUAACCAACUCUUCCAUAUUAAAACGACCGUCAAAGCUCAAUACAACAUACCACCGCAUAUUUGUAAAAACGGAGUAUAUGUGCUAAAUGUUGUCUUUGUAAAUUGCUGCCACUAAGUCCUGAGGGCUUAUAAGGUUGCUUUCUUUUACCCAGUGUGGUUCUGAUUCUUGCUUGUAGCUACAUAGUUUUGUAGCUGUUUCCAAGUUUGAAUUCUUUCGGCCAAAAAAUGCCCUUUGCUUUUAAUUAAUAUUCCGUCAUUGUGGCUUAAAAACAAUCCCUUACAACACAAAAACGAACUAGAAAAGCAAAAAUUAGCAACUUUUUUGUACAAGAAUCACAAAAAAAACUUCCUUUGAGCAAUUUUAUAGUCACAAUUAUUUGGCCACAAACCCCUUCAGAUUGUUCCAGAACGUUCUCCAAUCAUCUGACUCGUCUGCUCGCAGUGUGUCUGAAUGACGUCAUCAGAGUCGCGAGUGGUGUUUGUGGCGAUAGACGGGAGUCAGAAUGCAGACUACGCCUUCGAGUACUACUGCAAACACAUCCAGUGGAAAAACGACAGACUGGUCUUGUUCCACUUCAUGGACCCAGUGUCCAUAAGCAAGGACCUCAAGGAGUCCCUCAGAGAACUAUACGACAUCAAAGAAUACUACAUGGACGGGCUGAAGCGUAUUUUUACCACGAAGGCCAAAAAGUACGGCAUAGAUGUCAGCCAGCUUAAGUUCGAGUUCACCUGCGAUCCCCCCGAACCAGGCAAGGCCAUCUGCGCCACGGCCAAGAAGUACCACGUGCAGCUCAUCAUCAUGGGCAGCAGGGGGUUGUCCAAGUUCAAAAAAGCCCUCAUUGGGAGUGUGAGUGAUCACGUGCUGAGGAACUCGGGCAUUCCUGUACUGACUGUGCCCUUUCAUAAAUAAACACAAACAAUUGAACUGAAGUUAACAAAAAAAAAUGGCGGCUAAUUUGGAUCUCUGUUAUUACCUUUUCACAGCAACUGAUGACGAAUCCUUUCUACACAGGUGUUGUUCAAACACAUCAAGAGUAAAACGGGUGAAUUACAAAACAUCUCUCACUCAACCACUAGAAAAAAGAAACAAGAUCAUUUGAGAAACUUUCCCCCGAACAGUAGAAUUUAAAACAAAUAACAAAAGUUAUUACAGCAAAGAAGUUACAGAUCUCGUCAAUUUACAAUCAUAGUUUUUAAAUGAAAAAAAAAAAUUGGUGCGAAGUUAAAUUUUUUUCUUCUCUCUUAACAUUAAUGAUAAUUCAAGUUAGUAACCUUU